CGCCGGGGGUAUCUUGGCCUUCGCGGCCUCCGUAGUUCCGCGGGCUGCCCGGCAACCGAAGAGGAAACGGCUGGCGUCGCUGCCUCGGGCGCCGCGGGACUCUGGAAUCCGAUGGCGCUCCCCACGCUGCCCUCUUAUUGGUACACCCGGAGACCUCUGGACCAAGAGUUAGCACGUCAGCGCCAGCGAGAGCAGGAGGCCCACCUUCGCCAGCAGUGGGAGCAGAACAGCCGUUAUUUCAAGACUUCGGACAUCCACAGCUCCAAACAGGCGGAAUGGAGCUCCAAGACCUCCUACCAAAGGAGCAUGCACGCCUACCAGCGUGAGAAGAUGAAGGAGGCGAAGAGGAUGAGUCUGGAGGCCCGCCGUGAGAGACUCAGGCAGCUUGUGCUGGAGGAGCAGGACCUGCUGGCCGCUGAGCUGCAAGAGCUGACGCUGAGCAUGAGCCUGCGGGAAAGAACAAUCCGGGAACAGCACAAGGAUCUGAAGUCAGCCCGAGAAGAACGAAGGAAACUGAUUGCUGAACAGCUUUUAUAUGAUCACUGGAAAAAAAACAAUCCCAAACUUCGUGAGCUUGAGUUGGACCUUCACAAGAAGCACGUGAUAAAUUCUUGGGCGACACAGACAGAAGAAAAAAACCAGCAAAGAGCCAGUGCGGAGCAGGAGAAGAAGCGGUUUGAAAAUGAGUAUGAAGCUGCCCGCAGGGAAGCGAUGGAACGGAUGCGAGCAGAGGAGGAGAGGAGGCAGCUGGAGGACAAGUUGCAGGCUGAAGCCCUGCGCCAGCAGAUGGAGGAGCUGAAGCAGAAGGAGAUGGAGGCAACCAAGCUGAAGAAGGAGCAGGAGAACCUGAUGAGGCAGCGCUGGGAGCUGGAGAGGCUGGAGGAGGAGAGAAGGCAGAUGGCAGCCCUCCGGCGCAAGGCAGAGCUGGGGCGCUUCUUGAGACAUCAGUACAAUGCGCAGCUCACCAGGCGGACCCAGCAGGUCCAGGAGGAGCUGGAGGCAGACGGGCGGAUCCUGCAGGCACUCCUGGAGAAGGAAGAUGAGCAGCAGCGUGUCCAACUGGCCAGGCGGGAGCAGGCCCUGGCUGAUGCAGCCUGGAUGAAACAGGUCAUCGAGGAGCAGCUGCAGCUGGAGAAAGCUCGGGAGGCAGAGUUGCAGCUACUGCUGAGGGAGGAGGCCAAGGAGAUGUGGGAAAAGAGAGAAGCAGAGUGGGCUCGAGAGCAGAGUGCGCGGGACAGACUGAUGAGUGAGGUUCUGGCGGGGAGGCAGCAGCAGAUACGAGAAAAGAUGGAACAGAACUGGCGGGCUCAAGAGGAGACCCUAAAACACAGGGAGAAACUCCUCCAGAGUCUGGAGGAGGCAAGGCAGUCAGCUCAGCGUGCAAAGGAGGAGCGUGAAAUGCUGAAGUCAGCCAGGAAGCAGGAGCUGGAAGCCCAGGUUGCAGAGCGUCAGCUCCAGGCUUGGGAAGCAGCCCAGCAGGUGGAGGAGGAAGAGGAGGAGCUCAAGAGGGCAGAACAGCUCUCUGAUGCUCUGCUGCAGCAAGAGGCCAAGAUCAUGGCUGAGGAGGGCUACCGGCCUAAGCCCUAUGGACAUACCAAAAUUGCCUGGGACUGACGACGAGCACAGGGAAGCAUGCCAACUUGAUGCACAGCUCCAGACAUUUGUACAGUGCUUGGUUCUGACCAGGGCUCAGGAUGUUGCUGGGUAGUUCAACCAUGCCUGCUCAGGCACAUCAUGGUGCAGCUACAUGUCAAGAUGCCACAGAUGUGCAGCGCCUAGUGAGAGCCCUCCCUGCCUCCCUCCCUCAGACAGGUCUUACAGACAGACCUGUUUAUACUGCUGCCCAGAAGUCCUAUCUAAGUAGAUUUGAGAGCUGGUACAAGUUGUAUUCCCAGGACAGGAUAUGUAGGUUCCCCUUGUCUCACCUGUACUUGUCAGCUCUAGAUGGGACCAUGAGCCAGAGGGAGGAAGGAACAUUCCAGGUUUUAAAGUUGCCAUUUAGUAAGUUACUCUGUUGAAGGCACACUGGUAGGUCUUGGUGUAGUUGUUUCAGGUUAUUAGCUGCUGCAUAGCCCCAGAGGUCCAUGUGUGUGUUCUGGAAGAGCCUGGCAGCCUGGGCAUUUAUAGUGCUUUCUGGAAAGUGGGCGACAAAGAAGCUCUGUGUUCUGGAAGUGUUGUGAGGAUUCCUUAAGGGCUGGGAUGUAGCUCUGUGGAAUGCUUCCCUGGAAGUCUAUGGUCCUCAUUUCAGCACCAGCACCUCCAAGAAAAAAAGAAUCCCAUAGAGCAUCAGAACACAUGCCACCCCUGAAGAGUCCUCAAGUCACCAGGUGGGCUAGCCUGAUAAAGGCUUUGUUUAACUCUGUGAAGCUGUGUUACUUUGCCUGUCUGAAACACCUGAUGGUCUUAUAAAGAGCUGAACAGUCUAUAGCGUGAAAAAGGAUAGGCAGGGCUGGCAUGCAGAAAGAAUAAAUAGGAAGAGAGAUCUGGGGAGAGAGAAGAGGAGGAACAAGGGAAGGAGAGGAGGACGCCAGGGGCCAGCCUUCCAACCACCCAGCCAGCCACGGAGUAAGGUGUAAAGACAGGUAUAUAGAACAGAGAAGGAUAGGGACUCAGGGGCAAAAGUUAGAUGGGAUAAUUUAAGUUAAGAAAAGCUGGCUAGAAACAAGCCACGCUAAGGUUGGGCAUUCAUAAGAAUAAGCCUCCCUGCGUUUAUUUGGGAACUGUGGCAGGCCCCCAAAAAGCAAAGAUUAAAAACAAACAAAAAACUAACUACAGUGUGUGACUUAAUCGCUGUGCAAACUGAACUUCCACAAGCCAACACUGUGGGUUCUACACCCCUGGACCCUAGUACAUUCCUCCAUGACCGUUAUUGGUAUGUCAUUAUGUAACACAUGACCCUGUUUGAUUUAAAAUGGUCCAAGAUUUCUUCAGUAGGUUCCUCUCACAAUCAUUCUGUAAUAGAGAUGGGUUGCAGCCACUGUGGCCAUGGGAUAAUAGAUACUACGUACAGUUGUCCUCUGCACUAUUCUCAGUGUAGUCUCCCUAGGGAAGUUCCCUCGCUGGCUAAGAACCCUGACUUAGCCACAGAUACACGGACAACACUGCGUGAGACAGACCAUGGUGCGACCAACAGGAAGGCGAUACAGCCCUCUUUGUCUUCUUUUUCUGUUAGCUUAUCAAGACAGCGCUUCUCUGUGUAGCCUUGACUGUCUUGGAACUCUGUAGACAACUCAGAGAUCCACCUGCCUCUGCCUCCCCCAGUCCCAUGUGUUUCCCCAGUCAUGGUAAUGGCAGCAAACUUCCAAACCAAGUUCUAGACACUAGUCAUACCUGGGUAGGCUACUCAAAAGCAGUACUUAACAGAAUUCCAGUUUUAAGGAAACAGUAUGCAUUAUGGUGAUUUCUAACAGGAUAAAUGGUACUUUUCAUUCUGGCAUGUGCCUGCCCAGCCUUGUUUAUAUGGUGCUGAAAAUGGAAUCCAGCCAGGGCUUUGUAUGUUUGGCAAGUACCAACAGGACUACAUCCAUAUUAUUUUCACUUUGGUAUUUGUCUGUAUUUUAUCACAGAGAACAGCUAUAGCCUUUGAAAUGUAAUUUUAAAAAUAAAACAGCUGGUGAGAUGGUGCAGCAUGUACAUGGAGCCUGCUGCCGAACCUGGCCGCUGAGGUCCAGCCUCUGGGACCCAGAGAGCUGACUCCUAAAGUUGUCUUCUAAAUAAAAACAGAUGAUGCGAAAGGCAGACAGCAGAGAUAAACUUACGGGGUAUGAACCAAACCCUAGCUCCUAUGGCAUGUCCCUGGCAGGGAACAUUCACGGCUGUCCUGUCCUGUGUGAGGGAGUCUCCUGUCAGGGUCAGGCCCCUGCCGCUGAGCUCUGGGACUACGUGGAGUGUAUGCCAGUCUCAGGAGGGCUCUUCACCUGUUCAGUGAGGUCAAACUGAUCCUGGAGAUACACACAAGCUUUGUUCAGCUGCCCUGAAGUCUAGAGGAUAGAGGCCCACAGGGUCUUGGAAAGACUGCUUGGGUCUCUUACCUGGGCUCACAAGGUCACUUGAUAACCCUGCAUAUAAGGCAGCCACAUUCUGGGGGGGAGGAGCGAGCACAGCUCUCCUGGGCCCAGGUUCUGCUUCAGCCAGUGCCUGUCACACAGCAGCCAGAUAACUCGUCUUGGGCCAGGUCUCCUUUCUGUGACAUGAGUAUGGAAAUGUAGGCCAUGGGGAGCUUCAACGGGGAGCUCAGAAGAUCCAGCCUUCCAGGGAUGCCUUCUGUGUUGUGUCUGCCAGGCAUGUGGACAGAAUUCUUCCCAUUUGAAUCUGGAGUGUUAUACCUCAUCCUCCUACCUUGCCUGGGGACACCCCUCUACUCAGGAUGCACGAGCCUGGAGGGGGCAGGGGCUUCCUUCCUCAGCUCCUGUCAACACCCUGUGAAACCUGGUCCUCAGGCUGUUCCUGUGAGUGAACUGGGCAGUGUCUUCACAGAAACUGGUGUCAGGCAGCAGAGGCUAAGGGUUGCCUCAGUGUGAAACAACCAGAAUAGAUAUCAGUGGGGAAAGGAGGCUCUGGCAGACAAAACAGACGGGGACCGGAGCCACUCUGGACUCCUUCCUUACCUCCCCCUUUUAGCUGCAGGUCUGCUGUCUUUAUACUGAGCAUCCACUCUCCUGGUAGAGAGAGCCAGGGUUCAGAGCACGGGCCUCAUACCCCAAGCUGCUCCACGCUGCCUGUGUCAGCAAGUCUGAGCCUCAGGCUCCUGAUCUACAAACUGGGGGAGUUCCAGUUCCUAGUUCUCAGGUGUUGGAUAACUGGCAGGAGUGGGGGACUGCAGAUAGCACCAGAGUAGUACCAUAGUGGGGUUCUGGAAAGGGGCUGGAGAGAGAACACAGAAAGGUUGGAAGAUACCAGUGUGUGGAUUGACAGGUACAAACUGCAAUUUCCAAAUGUGCCUGUCUCUUGGGUGUUCUGGGCAAGAGAUGAAGUUUACAGAGUAGGCCUCUCAGAAGCAGCAGCCCAGGCUAGCAAAGGGAAGAAGCCCAGGCUAGGUGAGUGUCAGCCUGGACUUUUGGGGAGAGUCUGACCAAGGUGGGCCUGAGAGAUGGCAAGAGUUGGGAAGAGGGAUUUUUGUAGGCAGAGGCUCUGGAGUCCCUGGACAGAUGCUCCAUUUGGGAAACAAGACUGAAUUCUGAGUGGGUGUGGAGAGUUUGGGAACCUGGGAAGAGGGGAAGCUAUGGAGCGUGUGGGAUGGGGGAUGAGAGCCAGGUGUGUGAGUUGAGGUCAUGCCUGCUUCUCUUUGAGACCUGCUUCAUGGCUGAUGCCAUGUUUGUGCAAAGCAGGUAGGCGGGUUUGCGGUUGGGCUAAAGCCUGGAGAAAGAGCCAUGGUCAGAGGGCAGAGGUGAGCACCCUCCAGGACUUGUUACUGGACAUCUCACACUGCUGGCCUGCUGGGUCCCUCUGUGAGGUGGCCUGUGCUUGGCCUACAGAUGGAGGACACAUUCACACAGUGCUGAGUCAUGGCCAAAGCUUGUUAGUCCUUUCCAACGGCCUCAGUGGACACAAGAGCUCAGCACAGACCCCUCUGUGGAGACCCCAGGCUUUGGGACACAAGUGACAGUGCCAUUUGUUUAAGUAGUCUUCGUGGUGCCCUGGCAGCAGGGUUUUGAGGCUUUCAGAGCCCAUCACUGGCUACUUCUGCCACAUUCUCAAAGAUGCCUUGAUUUUAUGAAAGGUCAGAUCCCUCACCUUUCCCAGGCGGGGAAUCUGCCUCCUUGUGUGCCAGUUUCUUCUUCAAAUGGAAAUAAAUCUUUCUUCAUAGGUUGCUGUGAA